GACUCUCACUGCCGGGAUGGGCGGUCCUUCUCUGACACAGACUCACUUCAACAUGGAGUAAAGAGAACAGCCCGAUGCUCUCAGCAGCUCACUCCUCUCACUCCCAGCUCGGUCAGUCCCGCUACCCGAGCACUAACCACACACUCCAGCCCACAGACGGCCGGCGGGAGUCCCCCAGUGUCGGUAGGUUGCACUCCUGAAUGUAGCGUCCAUUGCAAAACUGCUCAACAACAACAACAACCGCGCUGAUUAGCAUUGAACUGUGAAAAGUGCUCCUACGGUUAUUUAAGUACCGGUCGGUGUGAAGUGGUCACGUCGGAGCUGUGUCCUCACGUGGCCCCCCUGGUAAGCGGAGGACGAGCCCGGAACCUGUCGGUGCCCUCGGGGAGGAAACACAAACUUGAAGAACAAGUUGUGAGGAGCGUCGGGGUCAGUGGGUGAAAGGUGACAUCGCCUCAGUGCAUCCACUUGGAGAAUGCACAAUGCAGCGAGUGUCUCAGCCUCUCUGGGGUCGAUGGGACUGUUGCGUCUCUUUGGGGUGUCCUGGCCCUGGAGUCUCGCAGCAGGACUCGGAGUAUACCUGGGCACCAGAAGCUGGAAAUACUUCUAUGUUGCAGCAUGCACCGCCAAGAGAGACCUCAUCGGCCUGUAUGUGCUGUUCAGAGUGAAGCUGUCCCUGUGGCGUUACAUGCGAAAUGGAGCCAACAUUCCUUCCAUCUUCGCUCAGACAGUAAAACGUUACCCAAACAAACCAGCACUGAUAUACGAGGCGACAGGAGAAACGUGGACCUUCACCCAGCUUGACGAGCACUCCAACGCGGUGGCCCACUGGGCCAGAGGUCAGGGGUGGGUCUCCGGGGACGUGGUGGCCCUCUUCAUGGAAAGCAGGCCGUUGCAGGUGGCACUGUGGCUGGGCUUGGCCAAGGUUGGGGUGGAGGCUGCACUCAUCAACUUCAACCUGCGCCAUGACUCCCUCCUGCACUGUAUCGGGGUGUCGGGGUCACGGGCUAUUGUGUUCGGAGCUGAGCUUGCAGAUGCCAUGUUGGAAGUCAGUUCCUCCAUCACCCAGUCUAUGGUACGGUUUUCUACUGGAGACCUCAGUGCAGAACAUGCAGCCUCUCUGGGAGCUCAACCUCUGGACCCAAAUUUAGCCUCUGCAUCCCGACAUCCUCCUACACCUUGUGUUCCCCCUAAAGGCAUGAGCGAUCGUCUGUUUUAUAUCUACACCUCUGGCACCACGGGACUCCCCAAGGCCGCCAUUGUGGUACACAGUCGUUACUACAGAAUCGCUGCUUUUGGGUAUUUCGCCUUCCGCAUGCGCAAGGAUGACAUAAUCUAUGACUGCCUGCCUCUCUAUCACUCAGCAGGCAACAUCAUGGGAGUCGGUCAGUGUCUGAUCCAUGGCCUCACUGUGGUGGUGAAAAAGAAAUUCUCUGCCAGUCGUUUCUGGGAAGACUGCAUCAAGUACAACUGCACUGUGGUGCAGUAUAUCGGGGAAAUCUGCCGCUACCUCCUGUCUCAGCCAGAGCGGCCGUCAGAAAAGGGCCACAAAGUGCGGCUAGCGGUGGGGAAUGGGUUGCGCCCGAGUGUGUGGGAGGCCUUCACAGAACGUUUCAGGGUGGCGCAGAUUGGCGAGUUCUACGGAGCGACGGAGUGCAACUGCAGCAUUGCCAACAUGGAUGGCAAGGUGGGAGCCUGUGGAUUCAACAGUCGCAUUCUCCCCAAUGUGUACCCCAUCCGUCUGGUGAGGGUAGACGAGGACAGCAUGGAGCUAAUUCGCGACAGCCGGGGCCUCUGUGUGCCUUGCCGCCCUGGGGAGCCGGGGCUUCUGGUGGGUCGCAUCAACCAGCAGGACCCAUUACGAAGAUUUGAUGGUUACGCGAAUCAGGAUGCUACCAAGAAGAAGAUAGCUCACAAUGUGUUCAAGAAAAACGACUCUGCAUAUUUAUCAGGUGACGUGCUGGUGAUGGAUGACAUGGGCUACAUGUACUUCCGAGACCGCGGCGGAGACACAUUCCGCUGGCGGGGAGAAAAUGUCUCCACCACUGAGGUGGAGGGCAUACUCAGCAGUCUUCUGGGUCAGACUGAUGUGGCAGUGUAUGGUGCAGCCGUGCCAGGUGUGGAGGGUAAGGCAGGCAUGGCUGCCAUUGCAGAUGCCACAGGGUGUUUCGACUGCAAUGAUUUCUUUCAGCAAGUCCAGCGUGCUCUUCCUCCGUAUGCUCGACCCGUGUUCCUGCGAAUCUCCCCAAAUGUAGACACCACAGGUACAUUUAAAAUUCAGAAGACCAGGCUGCAGAGGGAGGGAUACGACCCACGUCUCACAACUGACCAGAUCUACUUUUUGAACUCCAGAGCUGCGCGUUAUGAGGCUAUUGAUGAGGAGCUAUACAGUGCGAUAGCGGAGGGAAGAAUGUCUCUAUGACGUGUCGGCCACAGCAGGGCAGUGAAGGUGCCUUGGUGAGACAGACGGUGGAGAGAUGGAGAAUAACAGGCAUCGGCUGGUGUUGGGAUCAGUCAGACCUGCCUGGAUUUUAACUGCUCAUGGAAGUUGAGAGAACUACUUACAUAGAGAGAGCACUGUUACAGAUGAAGUUUUAACACUGUAUGAGGACAGGGCACAAUGUGAGGGCAUUUAUUUCCUUUAAUAACUUUUUAAAAUAUUAAAAGAACACCUCAAAAAGCACUUGAGCCUCAGCGGUUAUAGAAUGGGUGUCUCCCAUAACCCGUUUGACAUAGGAGCAUGUUACAAUAACAUGAUUAGGACUGCACGGGUAGUGUCAAGUCAAACUCUGUUACAGGGUAUUUUACCCAUGUUUGGAAUAUGCUGCAAGUUUAUUUCUAUGUAGGUUUAGGCAACACUUGAGAGUGAAGAUACUUAACGGCCAUGUGUUUGGAUGAAACUCAAAAGACCAGACUUUAACAUGCUGUACACUAGGCAACUAAAUCCAACACUAACCAUAGUCAUUUUAAUGCAAUGGAAAACUAAUCUCAGAUGUCAUAUUUGAGCCUCUGAACAACACUGGCUUGGGUUUGCAAAUACACGUACUGUAUGUGCCUUAUAUGAAACUCCACACCUGUUUCAUGUUUUUCUUGGAAAAGAGUUCAAAAGAAAUUGGAAAAAAAUCACAGUAGUGAUUGUGUGCCAUGCAAACCCGAGUCACACAUUGUUACUGUUAUUUUAUGUAAUAAAUCUUAUCAAUGUAGUAAUAUAUGAGUGGUAGAGAUUGUGACACUUUUUACAAGUUCAAAUCAUUCAGACUACAUUUGUUUUAACGCAAAUUAAAAUAUUUUAAACAUG